GUGCUGUUUCCGGCAAAAUGGCGUUGCGCUUGAUGUACCAGCCCCGGGAGCUUCUGCGCCGGUUACGGCCCGGGCAUCGGUUCCACAGCGUCGCUGGUCUCUCACAUUGGCCCCGGAAACCCCCGGCCGCCUGCCUCCUGUUCCCUGCAGGCCAGUGCCCAGGGCGCCCUCGCUAUGCCCUUCUUGUGGCCCCGGGCCCCCGAGGCCUCAGUACUUCUGCUAUCUCGUUUGCCGAAGCCCAGGUUCAGGCCCCUCCUGCCGUCCCUGCAACUCCCUCACCUGCAGUCACUGAAGUGACUUCCGGAGAGACCGCAGAUGUAGUCCAAGCUGCUGCAGAACAGAGCUUCGCUGAGCUGGGCCUGGGAUCCUACACCCCAGUGGGACUUAUCCAGAACUUAUUGGAAUAUAUACAUGUUAACCUGGGCCUACCUUGGUGGGGGGCCAUUGCUGCAUGUACAGUCCUUGCCCGCUGCCUGGUGUUUCCUCUCAUUGUGAAGGGCCAGCGAGAGGCAGCCAAGAUCCAUAAUCAUUUGCCAGAGCUCCAGAAGUUUUCCACUCGAAUCCGAGAGGCCAAGUUGACAGGAGACCAUGCUGAAUUUUACAGGGCCUCCUCGGAGAUGGCAUUUUACCAGAAAAAGCAUGAUGUUAAACUCAUGAGACCUCUCAUUCUACCUCUGACUCAGGCCCCAAUCUUCAUCUCUUUCUUCAUUGCCUUGAGAGAAAUGGCCAAUCUUCCAGUGCCGAGCCUACAGACCGGUGGCCUCUUAUGGUUCCAGGAUCUCACGCUAUCCGACCCCACCUAUAUAUUACCACUGGUGGUCACUGCUACAAUGUGGGGUGUCCUUGAGGCUGUGUUCGUGUACUGGCUCUCCUCCAAUGUGUUCUCCCUGGCCCAGGUGACCUGCCUCCGGAUUCCAGCUGUACGCACUGUACUUAAAAUCCCCCAGCGUGUUGUGCAUGACCCAAGCAAGUUACUUCCACGAGAAAGCUUCAUAAAGAGCUUCAAGACAGGCUGGAAGAAUGCCGAAGUGGCACAUCGGCUGCGAGAGCGUGAACAACGCUUGCAGAAUCAUCUGGACCUGGCAGCCAGGGGUCCCUUAAGACAGACCUUUACCCACAACCCUCUGCUGCAGCCUGAAAAGAAUCACCCUCCCAACACCCCUAACAGCAGCAGCAGCAGCAACAAACCAAAGUCAAAACAGCCCUGGCGUGAUACACUUGGUUGAAUUCUAUUCCCAGCUCAUACUGGCAGGAAUUCUGUCUCUUCGAAGACUCAACCUCAGAAUAAGAUUUGACUUUGGGUCGUUGCUCCGGACCUAGAAACUGAGGGACAUGGAGAUACUCAUUUUAAAGUAAAUUCCACUACAGGCCCUACACCUAAAGCAAAAGAACACUGGGGAGCCAAGUGAGCUUCCCAUUCACAGAAUUAGUAAACCUCUGUCCUGUGUGCUACUUGUUGAUACUCAUUAAACAGGGGAAUGGAUUGUUUCAAAAAAAUUUGGGGUAGUGAUGGCUUCUGCUGGGUUUGGUCCCAUGAAGUGUUGGAAAUUGGCAUGCAGAGCUUGGGCCCCCAUCCCAUAGAUGGGUAGUUCCUUCCUCACUUGCAUGGUGCCUAUGGUUGAGGCUUAUCUAAACAGAAUAACCACAUUUAUUUGCCCAUGAAAACCUAUAAAAUAUCCUUCAAGAAGAUGUGCUCAAAUUCUUAGUUAUCACUAAAAAGAACAGGUUGAUCAUAGUUUUAAUCUAACAUUUUACUGUAGCAGUUUAGGUGUCCUUUAGUGCGAUCAGUUACAUCAGUCUUCAGCAACAGCCUUGAGAAGGAAGAAAUCCUCUUGUACUUUCAAGACAUUAUGUAAGAUCAAGUUGCUCAAAAUUUAGGAACAUAACCUGUUUAUUGCCCAGCACCUCUGACAGUUUCAUGUCUCUCUAAAGGAGACAGGAAGUUUGGAGCAUUAUUGGCCCUUUUAAAGGAAAAGAGUGGAUCGGCACACCCAGAGUUGAGUGAUAACACAUGGGAAUGUGCUAUUAGAACAACCAAACCCACACGUGACGUGCUCCCCACAGUCUGCUUUAUCAUCCCUUUAAAAAAAAAUCUGGAACAAUAUGUAGCAAAACAAAUAAAUUACAUUCCACCUCUCAAAAAGCAAGUUCAAAGGCUGUUGAAGCCAAAGGAGUGAGCUUUCGUUUUCAGCUUCCCUGGCUCCAGCCAGUAGGAGGCAAGAGACCCCUGCUCUCCACAUCUCAGGAUUCUGGAUCGUAUUUAGCUGGACUUGGGAUCUUGUUGCUUGGGUGUGUCUGCAUCUUCCAAAUCCAUCUCAGCAGCAACUGACAUACAUAGGAUCUGGAGGUACCGUGUGGUAGAUGCUACAUAAAGAGAGAAGUUUGAAUCAAAAUUAAGAGGUCAAUUGGACUGAGUUCUAGUAACAGAGUGGUGCCUGAGGGAACAACUGAGGUUAAGCCGUAGUGUUGGCAGUAGGGACUAUGGCAAAGAUGACUCGGGAGAUUAGAUUUGCAGGGGAUAAAGCAGGCUGUAUGAUAGCUGAGCCGUCUUGAGGAUCCAGCUUACCCACAAUCUUUCGGAGGCAAAGAGGUCGCUUUUGUUCCGGCACUCUGAUGAUGAGGAAGUAAAAGGGCAAGCCUGAAAGGGCGAUGCCAAUGCCAAUGAGGGAGUUGAUGGUAUCACUGUAAAGUGGGACAGCCACCAGGAAGAUGGUGCAGAGGCAGAAGACAAUGGGGAAGAAAAGGCUGAGCUAAGAGCACAUAAGAAACAACUGAGGUUAGACAGCUCAGGAUCAACAGCUCAAAUAACAUCACACACACACACACUGAAUGUGAGAGCACUAAGCCUUCUUUCCAACCCCCUUUAUCUCAACACAUCACCACCACCAAAUCCUAGGCAAAGAUUUCUUAAUUAAGUAUCUCUGAGGACGCCCCCCAGCACCCACAGUGGAAUAGAGGUGAGUUACCUUGAGGGGUCGAGGCCGAUCAGGCUCCUUCCAGCGCAAAUAAAGCUGACCCACAAUGGAAAGCCCCACAAAGAACCAGUAGCUGAAGCUGUAGUAGUUAAUGAGCUGGAAGAUGUCGUCCACACACAAGUAGACCAGUGCCAUGGCGCCCUGUGGGCACAAGCCUGGUGAGCGCCUCACACGUGGUCUUUGUUAUUUCAAGGUACUGUUCAGUCCCCUUUACCACCCACACAUCCUUCUGGUCAAGUCUUCAGUAUCCCUGACAGUCCUUUUUAUCUUCCCACCCUCUACCACCCUAGUUUCAAUAUGUUAUUCAUGCUAAGUCAAUAGCCUCAGUUGGUUUUUCAGUGCAUUCUUCAAAUACUUGCCAAGUUAAUCUAUAAAGCACAGCUUUAAAAAAUUCCGUAAAUCUGCCUAAGAGUGUCUCCUAAGGUCUCCACCAUACUUUUCCAGCUUCUACCUAAUACCCAGCUCCACAUUGCUUUACCUCAGGACUUACGCUGUCUCUCAACCUAAAGCCCACUGCUACAGUUUGUAACUGUAACCUUAAAAGGCCUCCUGGUGGCCUAGGGGUUAAGUCUCAGUGCUAUCACCUGGACAGUGGCAGAUGACCGGAGUUUGAUCCCUAGCCAGGGAGCUGCCCACAUGGAACAACAGACCUCUCCUGGCUCUGCUGCUCACCUAAGCAGUGUCUUUCAAUAGAUCUGCCUGUUCUGCUUCCCACUCUGUCUCUGUGAAUCCUCUCACUCCGCCUCCCCACACCUCUGGCCUACAUCCCAGCUCUUCUAUGCAAAAAUAAAUAAUAAAAUCUUAAAAAAAAAAAGUUUGCCUCAAAUGCACCUUCUCCAGGACUUUCCUGUUGGACAUGAUCAUUUUCUUGCCUUAAACACUACAUCGUUGCCUUGGCAAUUAUUACAGCACGUUCCAUGUACUUUAUUCCUUAUUCUAGAUCAGAGGAUAUUACUGUUCC